CGCAUUAGCAACAAAGUCCCUGGCCAUACUGUACUGACAUACUUAAUUGCCUACUUACUUAUUUUCUUCCUAACAAUUAAAAUAUAAUUUACCUGGUGAAUAACAGGCUAUUCAACUAUUAAGUCUUUAACUGGAUGAGAAUAUUUUUCAAAUGUCCUAAUUUUUAUUUGUUUGGGUACAGCAGACACGUCAGGAAGUGUUGAGAGUGGACUGUUGUGUGUUUCUCACAGUCCUGUGAAAGACAGGUGCAUAUCAAAGCAGGAAUGCUUAUGUUGCUUGCAUUUUCGAAGUUGUUUAUCUCAUUAUCAACAAAAAAGGACAACAUGUAACUCGACAAUUUCAUCUAAUGUGACAGUAACUGCAGAUGAGAUGAGGGGAGAUAAGUCAUUGCAUUGUAGACCACUAGCAACAGUUAGUGACCAGACUCCAAACAGAUUGAGGUAUGACGGGAAAAUGGACCUGCUUGUGAGAAGACUUCCUUGUAGUAUACGUGACUCAAGGGAACGGAAAUACAUCAGUCAUGGACAAGACGUGAUUGAGGCUGAUUGUAAUGACUUGGAAAACCAUUUAAUCUCAGGCAAUCUGUUGAUGAAAGAUGAGCAGUUGGAGUCAAAAUUGAUGCUUGAUACUGGUAGUUUGUGCGGCAAUUCACAAGUUUCAAGCAAAGAAUCGUCUCAAUGUUUAAAGCAUUUUAAGCAGUGUCAUAGUACCAAAGGAAAAUUCUCUUUGGAAAAUCAAAGGUGUGAAGAUGGAAGUAGCAAAGACCAAUUAGCAGAAAAGCUUCACGAAUGGAGCGAUGAAUUGCUGCAGUGGGAUAGAUUUGUUUACAAGCCUAAAUCUAUUCUAUCUGAAAUAAACAGCACUUGAAAAAAGGCAGAACAGAGCCUAGAGCUACUUGCUGUAAUUUCUGUGCUUUCAAAUUCUGAAUUUCAGUGGUUGUAACUUGUAAUGUACAUGAGCAGCUCAAUUGUAUAGGCACAC